AUGCUUCUGACGAUGAAACAGCUCACGCAGACCUUGCCUGGAACCACUAGUGUCGCCAAGAUCACGGAGACUGCCCCAGGCACACUGACCGAGUCUCCUUUGACUGUGACUGUCACAUCAACGAUCAAUGCUGGACCUCCUAACACCGUUCUCGUCACUGUGACAAGUCCGAUCACGCAGUACAGCACCGUUUCUGAGGUAUCGACCAUCUCUGAAGUAUCUACGAUCACAGAGGCGCCGUCCACGACCACACUAUACGUCACUUCAUCGAUUACCGAAGAGUUGACGACGACCGUGAUCUCAACUGCAGCGCCAUCUACACAAACCGUCACAAGCUACUCAACGGAAGAGGUCACGACGAUAUUGACCUCGCAAACUACUUUGCUGGUCACCGCACCUCCAAUCCUCGAGACUAUUACCGGCACUGAGACACUAGCGCCGUCGACGUCCAUCGAGACAAUCACCACAUCGAUCACCGAAGAAUUGACCAUUACUUCUACAGAAACGGCAGCUCCUUCUACUACAACUAUCACGAGCACUGAGACGCAGGCUCCAUCAACCUAUACCCAAGUUGUUACUUCGUCCAUAACUGAGGUCCUUACAAGCACUGUAGUUUCGACUGCAGCUCCGUCAACAGCAACGGUAACAAGCAUUGAGACACAAGCGCCAACGACUUAUACACAGACCAUUGUCUCGUCCAUCACGGAGGAGCUGACGACGACUAUAAUCUCAAGUGCAGCGCCGUCCACACAAACUGUGAUUAGCAUUGAAACUCAAGCACCGACCACAUUGACGAAAGUGAUUACUUCUUCUAUCACUGAGGCAUUCACCUCGACGGUCACCUCAUUCGCUGCUCCUUUGACUCAAACUAUCACCAGCACUGAGACUGAAGCGCCAAGCACCUAUACCGAGAUCCUUACUUCUUCGAUCGUCGAAGAGCUGACAACAACUCUGACUUCUACGUUGGCACCGUCAACCGCUACCGUCAUAAGCACCGAAACACAAGCACCGGUCACCUACACGAAAUUGAUCACAGAAUCCAUCACCUCUCCUUACACUGUGUUCGUUACAUCAACCGCUGCCCCAAGUACGGAGGUAGUCGUCUCUACUAUCCAGGAGACACAAACCGAAGUCAGCGUGACCACAUUGCCGGCGGUAAGUGCUUUCGCUACUGAGACAGAUUACUUGACCGAAACAGUCCCAAGCUCUUGCGCUGCAACAGCAGCACAAACAGUCGUUGUGACGUCGUACAGCGUUUCGACUGCUCCCGGGGCUACAGUGACCAGUAUUCUCACGGCGCCUGGCGGAGUCCAGACAACUACUACUUACGAGACGAGCACCUUGACGCUCUCCGGCUGGAAUGUGACGUACACCGCAAGCUGCGCGUCUACGCCAGUAGGACCGGCUUUACCUACAUACUCCACCACAUACACUCGGACAGCAACUGAGACAGAAACCGAAAGCGGCCCUGGCAGUACUGUUUUCGCUACCAUCACGCAAUACAGUACUGUUGUCAGCAGCGGACCAGGUGCUACAGUCACAGAGUAUUCUGCUACUACUGUCUUGGGUGGUAGUGCUACCAUCACCGAGACAGAGUACAGCACUGUCGAGACUGGCGGCUCCACUGCCACAAUUACCGAGCUCUUAAUAACAACUGUUCUUGGUGGCAACGGCGCUACCGUGACCGAGGUCAGCACUGUUAUCAGCACAGUGUCAGGUGCUACCGUGACAGAGAUCUCAUCUACGACUCUUGUUGGCAGCGGCAGCACCGCGACUGUGACAGAGUACAGUACCGUUGAGACUGGCGGCUCAACUGCUACAAUCACCGAACUCUCAACCAAUACGAUCCUUGGAGGUAAUGGUGCCACCGUCACUGAGGUCAGCACUCUAGUCACCAGUAUCCCAGCAGGAACAACAACCGAGUACUCUGCCACGACUGUCACAGCUGGCGCAACUACAUUGACCGAGACCCUUCCAGCCUCCUGCGCCAUCACUACAGCCUCAUCCUCCUCGACGUUCUGGGUAGGCGGACCGGGAAGCUACGGACCAGGAUCCUCGACCACGACCAAGGGUUGGCGUGCCUGA